CUGUCCGGGAUGCCCCACAAGAUCGCCCGAACUGAUGGUGAUGUCGUUCAACCGACCGUACAACUUGAUUUGGAAGGCUUCACUCCGUCUGAAUCUGAUGUAGAUGGCAUUGCCAUGUUACUAAAACAUCUGUUUCAUUCGUCCCCGACAGCGAAGGAACUCGCGGACUAUAUAGUGGAACACAGCCACUGUGCGACUGUCGUGAGACCCUCUGAGGAAUCAGGGGAUGAAUCGGAUGAAGAUACCGACGAUCCAGCUAUUGUCCUCUCCUUGACCACGGCUGUCAGUUUGGCUGCAGCGGAAGGUGAAAAACACAGCGUCAUAAAGCAACUUCGUCAAUUCCUCAUGGACAUCAUAUCCGAUGCAGAGGCCUGUGCUGAAAAAGAUACUUUGCUUAAUUAUUUUUCUCCAUCCUCGCCCUCAAGGUUAUUCCUUCUUCUGAACGAACGUUUCGACACUUUCCCUCUGUCCAUAUGUGCUGACGCCGUUGCCGGUCUUCCAGCCGAGUUGAAAGAAGCUAAUCUUAAUCCGACCGACCUGCUACUCUUCACUCGAGCCCAUCGAGCCCACGGAGAGAUUGAAUACGCUUAUCCAGAAGUGGAAAAGAUUAUCCCCUUCUCCAGUGUACAUCUCGAAGUCACCAACAAAUCGGCCACUGAUGAAGAAGACUUCAACACGUUUUUCCUAUCGAUCUUACCGAUGAGCCGAUUUCCAGAUGUACUGGAAAACUUACGCCGAGACUUGUAA